AUGUGUGGUGCUUCUCUUUGGCUUUGCAUUGGCAAAUACCAAAGCCUGCUGCAUUGGGAAAAACCUUCUCUACGCAUUGAUUGCCCAAAUCUGAACAGGGCCAGUUUUGAUUCUCUUAUACCAGAUUUCAUAUUUGGCGCUGCUACAUCAUCUUACCAGGUAGAAGGUGCUGCAAACGAAGAUGGUAGAGGACCAAGCAUAUGGGAUUCCUUCACCCACAACCAUCCAGAAAAGAUCGCUGAUCGAAGUAAUGGAGAUGUAGCUAUUGAUGAAUAUCAUCGCUAUAAGGAGGAUGUGGAGAUUAUAAAGAAUAUGUCCAUGGAAGUGUACAGGUUCUCUAUCUCAUGGUCCAGAGUGUUACCAAACGGAACCGGUCAACCUAACCCGAAGGGAAUCGAAUACUACAAUAAUCUCAUCAAUGAAAUCCUAAAGAAAGGUAUGAAACCAUAUGUUACACUCUUUCACUGGGAUCUUCCCCAAGCCUUACAAGAGAAAUAUGGUGGUUUCUUAAGCCCUCGUAUUGUCGAUGACUUUAAAGCAUACGUAGAACUUUGUUAUAAGGAAUUUGGUGAUCGAGUACUGUAUUGGGUGACAGCUAAUGAGCCAUAUACCGUGAGUAACCAUGGUUAUGCAAUUGGGGUCCACGCACCAGGCCGAUGCUCUUAUUGGUACGACCAAACAUGCCUCGGUGGAAAUUCGGGUAUUGAACCAUAUUUGGUGACACACCACCAACUCCUUGCUCAUGUCGCCGCUGUAAAAUUAUACAAAGACAAAUAUCAGGCAUGUCAAAAAGGUGUGAUAGGAAUAACAGUGAAUACUUACUGGUUUGUGCCCACUUCUAAGGCAAAGCAUGAUAUAGAUGCUGCAUUUCGAGCUUUGGAUUUUAUGUUUGGAUGGUUUAUGGAACCAUUGAUAAGUGGUGACUAUCCACAUAGCAUGCGAUCUCUUGUUGGAAAACGAUUACCAAAAUUCACAGAUGAACAAUCCAAGUUGCUGAAAGGGUCAUAUGAUUUUAUUGGAAUAAAUUACUAUUCUGCUAGAUAUGCAAGCGCUUACCCUGCAGAUUAUAAAAUACCUACGCCUCCAAGCUACAUGACUGAUCCUUAUGUUAAUGUUACAACUGAGUUGAAUGGGGUUCCCAUUGGUCCACAGGCUGCUUCAGACUGGUUAUAUAUUUACCCAAAAGGACUUUACGAUCUUAUACUCUACACAAAGGAAAAGUAUAAUAAUCCAAUUAUGUACAUUACUGAGAAUGGUGUGGAUGAGUUCAAUAAUAACAAAGUACCACUUCAAAUAGCCCUUAAGGAUCCUGAUAGAAGUCGCUACUACUAUUACCACCUUUGUUACCUCCAAGCAGCAAUUAAAAAGGGUGCUAAUGUGCAAGGAUACUUAGCUUGGUCAUUUCUAGACAAUUUUGAAUGGAAUUCUGGAUACACUGUUCGGUUUGGUAUCAACUAUGUUGAUUAUGCCAAUGGACUGAAAAGAUACCCAAAAGACUCGAUGCAGUGGUUCCAAAAUUUCCUCAAGAUAUCAUAA